AUGAGACCCGAAGACCUACCAGGGUCUUUAGGGAGCGUAGGCUCCGAAGCGCUCGACCUCAGAGUUCCUUCCGCUCUUGGUUCGCUGGCCGCCAACAUCGACGUGCCUGGUCUAGACAUCUCUGACAACUCUGGAGAGGAAGGAGCUAUGGGCGGUGGCCAGGCGGUUGGCCCCAGUGUCGCCCUACCGACCGUCCGUGCGCCCUCCUGUCCCAAGCCCCUUGCACGUGCUGAUACCAACAUCUUCCCAGUCCUGUCCCGCCCUUGCCCGCCGCGUCACCCUUUGCUCGCCGCGUCACCCGCGGUGCCGCCCCCUGCCGCCGUUCCUGCCGUUGUGCCGCCGUUCCUGCUCCCCCGACAGCCCAGAGUGCCGCCCGUCCUUCCUCCACGCUCCUUUCCCACCCUUGCCCACGGCCGCCUUGUCUGCUACCUCCCGCCGCCCGCCCGACCCCCUUUCCCCGCCGCGUUGUCGCGCACAUUCCCUGAUCCGUACGCGGCCCGCCCUAUCGCGCCACCUUUCAUCAGCAGGCCAUGUGCACAUAGCCCUCGUGCCUCCUCGUCUAUCAUCGCCGGCGGCGGUUCCCAUCAACCUGGGCGGCCAUUCCCAUCACUGGUGGCGUUCAGUAUCAACGUGCGCAGUGUCGACACCGGCAUCCCUUCCAAUGCGCAUCGGCCCGUACAAGCUUAUGCGGACGUUACCACUGCCCCUGGCGUAUUCGUCUUCGCUCUGCUACUUGAGCAGCCCAACAUUGAGGAGCGAGAAGCGGUGCCACGGGACAGUUAUGAGGCGAUCUGA